GACCCGGACGGGUAAUUCGUCGGAAUCCUAUUACCCGACUUGGCCAAAAUGUCGGGUUGAGUCAAGUACCCGCUACCCAUCCGGGUAAAAUGCCCAUGUCUACCACACAGCUGCUGCCACUACCGAAUCAUUUGUGCAACGAUGUUGAUGCUUGACCUUGUGUGUGCCAGCUAUUCAUGUGGUUCACUCCCUACGUAUCUCAAGACUAGACCAUCAUCUUAUGGCUCCUGCGGUACUUUUGUUCUCGUUGUGUGUCUCAUAGGCUUUCCUCCGCUCAAGUUUGUCCUGAAUGAAGAACAAGCCCUUGGCCUCAACUUAUCGGUGGCCACUUUCGCACCAGCUAGAGCCAGCCCCUUCUCCCGCUAUGUUAGUGCGGACUACAAAAUGUCGGCCACCAAGGAGGAUUCAUGGAGCAUCCGCGACUACCACACUUGGGACUCCGUGGCCUUCCUUGGGUGGCCUGUCAAGAACCAAGGGAAUUGCAAUGCUUGCUGGGCAUAUGCGGUGGUGGCGAGUGUGGAGGCAGCAUACGGCAUUGCAAAGAACCAGCUCGCUGCCCAGCUGUCAGUGCAGUCACUCUUUGCAGCCAUGAAGCUGACUGACACAGACAACAAGGUAUCCGGUGGAUGCAUUUGAGCGCACGCAUUUCAAGGGGUAUGUGGGGAUCAUGCUAGCAGUGCAGCGCCAGCCAGUGGUGGUUCACAUUGAGGCUUUGGCUGCAACG